GCGCUGCUGGAGAGCCUCCCUGAGACGGGACGCCGACCCCGAGGGGACGUUCGGGCGUUGCCUCCGCCCGGGGCCGACGCCCUUUGUUUUCCUCUCCGCCUUGAGGAGAAUUCCCCGAGCGCCCGAACCCAGGGGACCUGGCCCUCGGCGUGCCUCUUCUCUCUUGACGGGAGGGGACGAAGGACUCACAUCGGCGGGCGACGCGGCGACAGAGGUUUGAACUCUUUAGUAUUUCUCUCAAUUCAGCCAAUAUUGGUGCAUUUGCUGUGUGAAAAGCGGCGUGCUGUCGGAAUGGAUAACUGGCCGAGUGAGAUGGUCCUUGGCGUUGGAAGGGUUACAAAAUAAAUGACAUGUGAAAACCAGUUUCAUCUGCCAUGGAAAAACGUGAGACAUUUGUACAAGCAGUGUCUAAGGAGUUCGUUGAAGACUUUUUGCAAUUUGUUCACCUUCAUAAAGAUGCCUCUGACCCUUUCAAUCUAAAUGAGCUAUUGGAUGAAUUAUCAAGGAAACAGAAAGAAGAACUAUGGCAAAGGCUCAAGAAUUUAUUAACAGAAGCAUUGUUAGAAAACCCAGUGGAUGGGUGGCAGAUAGUAGAAAUCAAGUGUGAAGAUGACAUGGAAAUAGAACAUGAUUCGAAAAUGAAGAAAAACAUAGAAAUAAUUCAUGCCAUUACAUCCGUGGUUAUUACUUGUAUAUCUGUAAUAAAUGAGAAUGAGAAGUAUGAAGCCUUACUAGAAUGUGCCACCAUAUUAAAUGGUAUUUUAUACGCAUUACCUGAAUCUGAACAAAAACUGCGGAGUUCCAUUCAGGAUUUGUGUGUUACUUGGUGGGAGAAAGGCCUGUCUGCCAAAGAAGAUAUGGGAAAAACUGCUUUUAUCAUGUUAUUAAGGAAGAGUCUUGAGACUAAAACAGGUGCGGACAUGUGUCGGCUUUGGCGUAUUCACCAAGCUUUAUAUUGCUUUGAUUAUGAUUUGGAGGAAAGUAGAGAAAUUAAAGAUAUGCUACUUGAGUGCUUCAUAAGUGUUAAUUACAUCAAGAAAGAAGAGGGAAGAAGAUUUCUUAGUUCUCUCUUCAACUGGAAUAUAAACUUUAUUAAAAUGAUCCACGGGACCAUUAAAAACCAGUUACAGGGAUUACAAAAAUCUUUGAUGGUACACAUUGCAGAAAUCUAUUUCAGAGCUUGGAAAAAGGCUUCAGGGAAAAUAUUGGAGACAAUUGAGAAUGAUUGCAUUCAGGACUUCAUGUAUCACGGAAUCAAUCUUCAAAGAAAGUCCCCAGUGCAUUCAAAAGUACGAGAGGUGCUGAGUUAUUUUCACCAUCAAAAGAAAGUUCGACAGGGAGUGGAAGAGAUGCUUUACAGAUUGUAUAAACCUAUCCUUUGGAGAGGAUUAAAGGCCAGAAACUCUGAAGUUCGAUCAAAUGCUGCGUUGUUGUUUGUUGAAGCAUUUCCUAUCAGGGAUCCAAACUUUAAUGCUGUUGAAAUGGAUAGUGAAAUCCAGAAACAGUUCGAGGAACUCUAUAGCCUUUUGGAAGACCCUUAUCCAAUGGUCCGUUCCACAGGGAUCCUUGGCGUUUGUAAAAUAACAUCCAAAUACUGGGAAAUGAUGCCUCCAACCAUUCUUAUUGAUCUUCUAAAGAAAGUAACUGGGGAACUAGCUUUUGAUACAAGCUCAGCUGAAGUUCGUUGUUCUGUCUUUAAGUGUCUGCCAAUAGUGCUGGAUAAUAAACUAAGCCACCCGUUAUUAGAACAGCUUUUGCCAACACUGAAAUACAGUCUUCAUGACAAUGCUGAGAAAGUGAGAGUGGCUUUUGUUGAUAUGCUGCUGAAAAUUAAAGCUGUGAGGGCUGCCAAGUUUUGGAAAAUAUGCCCUAUGGAACAUAUUUUGGUUCGUCUGGAAACCGAUUCUCGGCCUGUGACUCGGCGCCUGGUGAACCUCAUCUUCAAUUCUUUCCUGCCUGUGAAUCAGCCAGAGGAAGUGUGGUGUGAGCGCUGUGUCACCCUGAUCCAGAUGAACCAUGCAGCUGCCCGGAGGUUCUAUCAGUAUGCCCAUGAACACACUGCCUGCACUAACAUAGCAAAGCUGAUUCACAUUAUCCGUCGUUGCUUAAAUGCCUGCAUCCACAAAGCAGUAAGAGAGUAUGAAGAGGAUGAUGAAGAAAGGGAAAAGGAGAAUGUGAGCGUUCUGGACCAAACACUGUCAGUAAGUGAUGUUGCAUCCAUGGCAGGUUUAUUAGAAAUCAUUGUAAUUCUCUGGAAAAGUAUUACCAGGAGUAUGGAAAAUAAUAAAGAAGCCAAAGCGUACACCAUUGACAAGUUUGCCGCUGCGCUUCCACAGUAUCUGAAAGUGUUUACGGAUGAUCGCUGCAAGACUCCUUUAUUUAUGCUCAUGUCCUUUGUGCCAGCCUCUGCUGUCCCUCCCUUCAGCUGUGGUGUUAUUUCCACAUUACGAAAUCAGGAAGAAGGAGCUGUAGAUAAGAACUAUUGCACUUUGUUAGAUUGCCUUUGCUCCUGGGGACAAGUGGGACAUAUCCUGGAGCUCGUUUAUGAUUGGCUACCAGAGGAACAGCCCCAAAGCAAGAGUAAUUCAGCCUCUAAACGAAAAGUGCGAAUUCAUGAUACACGCCCAGUAAAACCUGAAUUAGCCUUGGUUUACAUAGAGUAUUUGCUGACCCAUUCAAAGAAUAGAGAAUGCUUGCUGUCUGUUCCCCGAAAGAAACUGAACCAUCUUUUGAAAGUGCUUGACACGUCAAAGACAGAUCUAGAAUCAAUUUUGCAGUCAUCAGGUGAAAAACCUUGUAACUUCAAUCAAGCAACAGCCCUGCAAGCUUUUAGUCUCCAUUGUCGAUUAAGUAUUCACCUUCAGCACAAGUUUUGCUCAGAAGAAAAAGUUUAUCUGUCCAUUUUGGAAGACACUGGAUUUUGGUUAGAAAACAAAGUUUUAUCUUUUAUCCAAGAUCAAGAAGAAGAACAUCUGAAGCUCCAUAGGGUCAUUUAUCAGCAAAUCAUCCAGACCUAUCUGACUGUGUGUAAAGAUGUUGUGAUGGUUGGCCUUGGUGACUGUAAGUUUCAGAUACAACUUUUACAACGAAGCCUUAGAAUCAUGCAUACAGUGAAGGGAUUUUUUUAUGUUUCCUUACUUCUUGGCAUUCUGAAAGAGAUAAGUGGAAGUUCCCUAGUUCAGAAACCAGAUUCAAAUGAAGAAGUUGUAACACUUUUUGACACCGUCCAGAAAGUAUUUCAGAAUAUGUUGGAAUGUAUUGCACGGGGCUUCAAAAGGCAACCAGAAGAAGGCCUGCGGCUACUUUAUUCUGUCCAGACACCUCUGCAUGAGUUUAUAACCACCAUUCAGUCUUGGCACAUGAAUAUGCCCGUUCACCGGGGAGUGCUUUCUACUCUGAUUGCUGCACCGGUGGUGGAGAUAAGUCACAAACUGCGAAAGGCCUCUGAUAUCGAAGAGCUUACCCCACCAGAGUGUCUUGCAGACCUUCCACCAUUUUCAAGAUGUUUAAUAGGAAUAAUAAUAAAGACUUCGAAUGUGGUCAGGUCAUUUUUAGAUGAACUAAAGGCCUGUGUUACCUCUGAUGAUAUUGAAGGCAUUGUAUGUCUGACAGCUGUUAUGCAUAUUAUUUUGGUUAUUAAUAAAGGCAAACAUAAGAGUUCAAAAGUGAAGGAGGUUGGAGCCAUUGUUCAGAAAAAACUAAAGACAUUCAUGGAAAUAACUUUGCAAGAGGAUAGCAUCGAAAGAUUUCUGUAUGAAUCAUCAACGAAAACAUUGGGUGAACUUUUGAAUUCAUAACCAAGCAAACAUCUUCGGACAUGUAGAGCUAGAGAAAAAGGACUUAUAGAAAAUAUUUGAAAUGAAUGUUUAUUUUCCUAGUGUUUUUAAUAAGCCAUAUAACAGGGAAGGGGUGGGAUUUUUGGUGGGUAUUGGGGAGAAGCUUUUAGUAGAAAAUUCAAAAGUUCUUAAAAUUUGCCUGGUACCUGCAUAAAUUGUUUAUUUAAUGUAUAAGAGCCCAGAUGGUUAUCAGUGGUGCAGAAAUCAAUGGUGCAAACAAAAAGGACAGAUUUUCCUAGAAAACUUGGUUAUUUAAAAUGACAUAUAUGUAUAUAUAUAUACACACACACACAUACACAGAGAGAUAUACAUAGCUUAACAUCUAUGUGUCUGUGUGUCUGAGUGCCAGGACGCCAGACCCCUCGUCUUGAGGUCGGAGCCCCAUUUCUGCCCAGUUGCUGUGUGCAGCCUGGAGGCCACAUAGUCUGCUGUGAUGGAGUCCCAGGCCCAGACUCCCAACCCUGGUCCCCCUAGGCUCCCGCGACUCGAUGGGUCUCAUCCCCAUUUUUUGCUGGUGUGGUCCUGUAGGGUGCUAGUGGAAAUGUAUGCACGCCAGGCACCACGGUCCUGGCUCGGGCACCCUUGGCUGCCUUGGCUUACACCUUACCCUCACCGGGCAGGCUCUCACGGGAGAGCUGGCCUUCCCUGCUGCUGGCUUAGCAGAAUGGCAACAGUUGUGUCAGCAGUGUGGAGGAGAAAGUGCAGGUUGAUUAUUGACCCAUGCCUUCUUUCUUCAAAUACCGUAUCUAACCAGGCCAGUUUGAAGAGAAAAUGCCAGCAAGUGAUUUUUGUGGCUGACUCUCGCCUCUUAUAGUCUGGCCCGUCCUUUCAUAUUGCGCCACUACAAUAUGCCGUAAAGAGCCAAUGUUUGCUGUUUCGUGCUCAGUUCACAGUUCUGGGGCACCGAGUCACUAAUCUUGCCUAGCCAUAAAUGACUAAAACCAUUGGUGUGCAUUAGGUCACCCUGGCCCCGAGUGGUUUGUUUCUCCGUUUUCCCUUGGCUUUGUAUUUGCUUUAGGGUGACACUUUGGGUCCCUGACAAUUUAAACAUACUAAUAUUUUGAACACCUUCCCACGGCCCCACUUGGCAGUGAACCCACCCUGCCGCCCCUUACCCACUGGUAGGCCGCUGCCACUGGGAGGAGCGGGAGCCCGAUCCUGCCCCUAAGCACUCAGGGUUGGCAGGCAUCCCAGGCCUGGCCAGGGCAGAGGCACCAGGUCAGUCACUAAGAUCACUAUCCUGCUCCCAGGCCCACACCUAGAGUCUCCCCUCCAUGACCUUAACAGGCUGUGGGGGUGUGCACCAGGUGAACCCAGCCAAGAGCCUUCACUGGAGGCUUAGAAAGCGGGAGCUGCCCAGGCCGUUUGCCCCACAGUGGCCCCCAGGCCAUGCACCCAGGACCCCUGUGCGCUGCUGACCCAGGUGUGUUCACACAAUGUCCUAUUUCACAGAACUGGCCUGGACAUAAAGUGACACUUGUAUAUGUUGUUAGGUGCCAUGGAAUCAGCUGUGGCUCAGAGCAACCCUACCUACAGCAGAACAAAACGUUGCCAGGUCCUGUGCCAGCCUCACAGCUGUUGCUGUGCUUGAGCUCAUUGUUGCAGCCACUGUCAAUCCAUCUCGCCGAGGGCUUUUCUCAUUUUCACCGACCCUCUACCAAGCGUGCAGAACCAGUGACUGGUCCCUCCUAAUAACAAGUCCAAAGUACAUGAAGUUUGCUGUCCUUGCUUCUAAGGAGCAUCCUGGCUAUGCUUCUAAGACAGAUUCGUUUUUCUGGCAGUCCAUGGUAAAUUCAGUAUUAUUCAUUAACAGCAUAAUUCAAAGUCAUCAAUUCUUCCCUCUUCCUUAUUCAUUCUCCAGCCUCCGCAUACAUUAAAAAUUCCAUGGCUUGGGUCAGUGUACCUUAGUCCUCAAAGUGACAUCUUGGCUUUUGAACACUUUAAAGCAGUCUUUUGCAGCAGAUUUGCCCAAUGCAAUGUGUCAUUUGUUUUCUUGACGGCUGCAUCCGUGGGUUUUGAUUGUUGAUGCAAGUAAAAUGAAAUCCUUGACCAGUUCAAUCUUUUCUCUGUUUAUCAUGAUGUUUAUUGGUCCAGCUGUGAGGAUUUUUGUUUUUGUGUUUAGUUGUAAUCCAUAUCCUGAAAGCUUUAGUCUUUGAUCUUCAUCAGUAAGUGCUUCAAAUCCUCUUUGCUUUCAGCAAGCAAGGCUGUGUCAUCUGCAUAUUGCAGGUUGUUAACGAGACUUCCUCCAAUCCUGAUUCUGCAUUCUUCUUUGUGCAGUCCAGUUUCUCAGAUUAUUUGCUCAACAUAUAGAUUAAAUAAGUAUGGUACCGGUAGUCGUCAUAUAUAUAUUGUUUGGAAACUCUAAGUAACAAAGCCACGGCACAUCUAUUUAUAUUUUAUUCCAAAAUAUUAAUAUGUGUCUUUCCCUUUAGGGGCAAAGAUUGAUUUCUUAGAUUAAUCCUGUAUCUUUAAACCUAUCUUGUGUAGAAAGAGAAUAAAGUAGAUAGCAAAAGCAGAGAGGCUGAUGCUAGGCGCACAAGAGAGAGAGCUCAGAGGCAGCUCUUUUUAUUGUGUUCCUGAAUACAGCCAACCCUUUGGUUAGCAGCCAUAGCAUUUAAUCACUCUGCCACCAGAGUUUCCAAAAAAUAACAUGGCACACUCCCGUUUUUGUCUUAAUGAUGCCUUUAUUGGAUAUUGAGGCUUGGGUCCUGUGGCUAUAAAUGUGAGUAGCAAAGAAAUUAGUUUAGCCUGAAGCAUUUCUGUUAUUUUAUCUUUCAUUUCUAAGAGCUGUCACAGUUACAGAAGACAAAGUAGGUGCCAGGGUGCUGAAGGAGGAACGGGGUCUAGGCCUUCUCUGUGUAUCACCCGUGGCCCCAUUGUUCCCACCCUGUGAUUACCUCGCAGAUUCUGCAACCUGUGGCCCUUUUAACAGAUGGAAGGUCAGUGCUAUUGAAAUCUCAUGGUCAUUCUCUCAUUCUGUCCUCAGAUCUUAAGCAAAAAGUAAAGAAAUGCCCGUUUUUCAGUGCCUGUGUUACCCUGGUGGUAUAGUGGUUAAGAGCUACAGCUUCUGACCAAAAGGUUGGCAGUUCAAAUCCACGAGGCACUCCUUGGAAGCUCUUUGGGGCAGUUCUACCCUGUCCUAAAGGGUUGCUAUGAGUUGGAAUUGAUUCGACGGCAAUGGGUUUGUUUUAUAUAUAUAUAUAUGUAUAUUUCCCUAGAGCUCUGCUGCUAACUAACCAAAACAUCGGCAGUUCAAAUCCACCAGCCGCCUUGGAAAACCUGUGGGGCUCUUCUACUCUGCCUGAUAGGGUUGCUGUGAGUCGGAAUCGACUCAACGGCAACGGGUAUAUUUCCCUCUAAGAAGGUACAAGAAAUGGACUACUACUUAAUGUAGUUAUGAGUAUUAAGAGUAAGGUUUUACCAAGGGAUAUCUGGGAAAUGAGAAGUGGAAUAUGGAUUAUUAUUGCAGUUUAUUUCAGCUAAUUUUGAAAAUAUAACUAAAGAAUCUUUGCUAACUAAAACAUAUUCCGUAUUAGUAAAUGAUAUUGAUAUACAUUUCUGCCACUAUUGGUAAAUCAAAUUCAUUUUGCUAGGAUUUGUAUUCAUUUAAGAUUGUCAGUUAAUUGAAUAUUUGAGGGAGAGAUUACUAGUUGUUCCGAUUAUUCAUUCUCCUUUUUUUCCAUAGAAGUAACUACCUCUGAUCUUUUUGACUGGGUACAUGGUUUUUAAAAAAAACCACAUUUCUCAGCCUUGCACCUAGUGUGAUCUCGUAUCUAAAUGCUUCCCAAUAAGAUGUUAGCAAAAGUGUCAUGUGGCAACUUAAAAGAUACGCGUUAUAUCAUCUUCGCCUUUCUAACAUUCUGCCUGGAAUGGGGUUGUGGUAGAUGGAGCUUGUCAAGGAAAAAUUUUGCUGGACAGUGUUAAAACAGAUAAGGAUAAUUUAUACAAAAAGGAUUAUGGUAAUGGAGGAGAAGCAAAGAGCAUUGCAGUGGGGAGAGAGACCAGAACUGAGUUCCUACUCCACUGAAGCAGAAGCCAAGAAGAGUUUUAAAGGCUGAAGUGUGUGAGUAGAAAAAUACUAUUAGGGGAGGUUAAGCAGUGGGGUAUGUUGAUCACAUGGAGUUACCCCCUGAAGUUACUGUUAAGAGUGGAUGGACAGGUUCCAUCUAGAUCUGUAAAGGCCAGAGAGAGAUCUGAGGCCUAGAGUCAGGAAGAAGCCUGCCUAAAGUGUCGUCUAACUAAGGGGAAUGUCAGUGCUGGCUGUCUUGCUCAGCCGUUUUCAAGAACACCAGAGUGGGAUUAUUUCCAUGAUUACAGGGCUUAGGUAAAAUUAAAUGUUAUCAAGCUCUAGCUGCCAUAUUGGACUGUGAAGAUAAGACCACGUCAUACAGACAGUAUAGUUUUGAGCUAGAGGGAAUCUGGAUUUCUACAUUUAUACACUGACAUUUUUUAAUGCCCCAAUAUCUAUGGGAGGGGAGCUGUGGUGGCACAGUGGUUAAGUGCUAUGGCUACUAACCAAAAAGUUGGCAAUUUAAAUCCACCAGCCACUCCUUAGAAACCCUAUAACAAAACCCGUUGCCGUCAAGUCGAUUCCAACUCAUAGUGAUCCAAUAGGACAGAGUAGAACUGCUGUACAGAGUUUCCAAAUUGCGCCUGGUGGAUUUGAACUGCCGACCCUUUGGUUAGCAGCCGUAGCACUUAACCACUAUGCCACCGGGGUUUCCUGGAAACCUUAUAGGGCAGUUAUACUCUGUCUUAAAGGGCCACUAUGAGUCAAAAUCAACUCAAUGACCAUGGGUAUGGUUUUUGGUUUUAUCUAUGGGAGACCUAGAGAAUUGGACGUAAAAUAAGUCCCGAAGCAUGACUUGAACUAGUCUGAGGAUGGAUCCCUGCCAUCACAAUCGGGCACUUGACAUUUUAAUUAGCAUUUUUGCCUCAAACUCCUCUCUACUGCUGUGUUCUCACUUCCAGCACCAAUAUCACUUCUAUACUACCUUGCUGCCCCGUCCUUUACUGAAAACAGAUCUGUCCCUUCCCAUUUGUGCCAUUAACUUAUGUCAAAGACUGCUUUAGACUUACGUCAGAGUCUAACAAACUUUGUAUGGCUGGGAAAGCAAAUAUCUAGCAUUUAAAUUACUAUAAUGAAGACAUUCUGUCACCCACCAAGACUCAAGUGGGGAGAUCCUCCAAACAAGAAGAUAAUCUGAUGCAGGGUGGCCAAAAGAAAUGGCAAUAAUUGUAAUUUAAGUUCCAAUUGUCUGGAUCCACUGUUCUCGAACUUCAGCAUGCAUCGGAAUUAUCUGACCAUUUGUUCAUACAGAUUGCUGGGCCCCACCUCUAACUGAUCACUCAGCAUGUUUUUGAGAUUCGUACAUGGUUCUCUGUGUAUUCAUUCACCUGUUGGUGGCUAUUUGGGUUGUUUAGCUAUUACGAGUAAAGAUGAUAUGAACGAACAUUCAUGUAUACAGCUCUUGUAGCCAUUUAUCCUGGGUAAAUUUCUAGAAGUUGAAUUGCUAUGUAAUGUGUAAAGUGCACCUUUAACUUUUUAGCAAACUAUUCUGCACAGUGGUUGUAACAUUUUACAUUCCCAUCAGUUGCUACACAUUUUCCCCCAAAAUGGUUUUCAGUGUUUUUCAUUUCAUUCAUUCUUUUGGGUGUGUAAUGGCAACUCAUUCUAGUUUUAAUUUGCAUUUCCAUGAUGACUAGCAUUGCACACUACGCUAUUUGUGUAUCGUUGUUGGUGACAUACUAAUCAAGUCUCUGGUCCGUUUUUUGCUUCAUGUUUUUUUGCCUUGUUUUAUUAGUGAGUUGUAAGACUUCUUUAUAUGCUCUGAAUACAAGCCCUCUUAAGUUAAAUGUAUUAUAGUAUGUGGCUUGCCUUUUCAUUAUUUAAAUGGUGUCCUUCAAAAACCAGAAUUAAAAAAAAAAAAUUAAGUCCAGUUUAUCAGUUUAUACUUCUGUGAUUUGUGUUUUUUGUGUCCUCAGAAUUCUUCGCUUACCCCAAAUUGUGAAAUUUUUUUCUCCUGUGUUUCUUUUAGAAAUUUUAGUUUCAGCUUUUAUGUUUAGGUCCAUGAUCCAUUUCAAGUUAAUUUUUCUGUAUGACAUGAGGUAAGGGUAGAGUUGGAUUUUUGCCGUACAGUAGCCAGUAGUCCCUGUACCAUUACUUACGGCCAUGGAGUCAAUUCUGACUCGUAGUGACCCUAUAGGACAGAGUAGCACUGCCACAAGGGAUUUCAUGGCUGGAAGCUUUACAGAAGCAGACUGCCACAUCUUUCUCCCACAGAGCGGCUGGACGGGUUCGAACUACCAACCUCUCUGUUAGCAGCCAAGCACUUAGCCAAGGCUCCUUCUGUACCUUUAGAACAUAGUAUUUUUGUUAAUUAACUGCAUGACACACCUGUGGCUCUGUGCCUUCAUCUAGAAUAGUGGUUCUCAACUAGGAGCUCUUUAGCACUUAUUUUGCAAAUGUCUGGAGACAUCUUGGUUGUCAGAACUGGGCUGGGGGGGCGGGGGAUGGGAGGGGAGAGUGCUACUGACAUCUGAUGGGUAGAAGCUAGAGUUGCUUCAAAACAUCCUACAAUGCACAGGACGGACUCCCCCCGCCCCCCCGCCAAGGAGUUAUCCAGCCCCAAAUGUUAGUAGUGUGAUGGUGAGAAAACGUGCUAGAAGUUUUACCGUUUUAGCUCAUGAGUAGACCUGUGAUCCAUUUUAAUUUUUGUGUAUGGUGUAGUGUAGGGCCAAGGUUCAGUUUAUGUGAGUGUGUUUUUAACAUAAUUAUCCAGUUGUUCUAUACCAUUUUUUGAAAAGGCUAUCCUGUCUCCCAUGGAAGUACCUUGCACCUUUGUCAAAAUUCAGUUGACCAUCCAUGUGUGGGUCUAUUUCUGAAGUCUCUUCUUAUAGUUUGUGCUUUUUGUGUCCUACAACUAUACAAUUUCUGAAAGAAACAUAAGAGAAAAUUUUUCACAGUCUCAGGGUAAGCAAAGCAUUCUUAGGACACCAAAAGCACAAACUACCCAUGAGCCUCAUCAGCUACUCUUUUUCUUUUUUUUCAUUUGUCUUAGUUAUCUAGUGCUGCUAUGACAAAAUUCCACAAAUGGGUGCUGUAACAAACAAAUUUAUUUUCUCACUGUUUAGGAGGCUAGAAGUUGAAUUCAGGGUGUCUGCUCCAGGAGAAGCCAUUCUUUGUCAGUUCUGGGGGAAAGGAUGGUCCUUGUCUCUUCAGCUUCUGAUCCUUGGCUCCUUGGUGGUCUUCAUGUGUCAUGGCAGCUAUCUGUCCCCAUCUCUGCUUUCCUCUCUGCUUCCUUAAUCUUGCUCUUUUAUAUCUCAAAAGAAAUUGACUUACGACACAUGCUACACUAAUACUGCCUCGUUAGCAGAACAACCCAUUCCCAAAUGGGAUUAGAAUUUACAACAUAUAUUUUUGGGGGGACACAAUUCAAUUUAUAACGUUGUUGUAAAUCUGUCAUACAACUUUUGUCAAUUCAACUUUGUACAGGUGUACAACUUAAUUGACAGUAAUUACAUUAAUUGACUGUGCAAAAGCCCUACCCUUAAUGCCUUUUUUCCAUCAUUGUAAACCUAAACUCGGUACCCUGUGAGCAAUAACCUCCCCCUUCCCCUCUCCCAUCCACCCCUGGUAACCACUAAUAAACGUUGGUCUAUA